AUGAGUGGGAAAGGAGAGUUGGUGGUGGUGGAGGUGAGGAAGACAAAAGUGGUGGCGGCAGCGUUGCCGAUGCGUGUGCAUUUGCUACUGCUUUCCAACCAUGACUUGCUCUUGCCUCCUGUCGACGUCACUGUGUUCUUUUGUUAUAAGAAUCCAACCACCACCACCACAAGACUCAUUGGAAAAGAAGGGGGCUUAAUGUUGUUCACAUUUGCCUCCAUGAUCGAUGUUUUGAAGAAGGCCAUGUCUCAAGCUUUAGUUUCUUACUAUCCAUUUGCUAGGGAGGUUGUGCACAACACUGUGGGUAAACCUCAGCUUCUCUGCAACAACCGUGAAGUGGACUUCAUUGAAGCUUUUGCCCAUGUAGAGCUUCAAGGUCUCAAUUUCUACAACCCUGAUUACAGCAUUGAAGGUAAGCUGGUGCCUAAGAAGAAGCAAGGGGUGCUCUCGGUUCAGGUUUCGCAGUGGAAGAGAUCGUCGGAGAUGAUCAGAGAAAGCUUCGACGACGUCGAUGUAUCGCCUUCCAAUUCUCAUGAAGUUCAUGUUCUUGCCGUUGAUGAUAGCCUCAUCGAUAAAAAAUUCGAAUUGUGA